AUGAACCCCUUGCCUUACCGAAACCAUGGGUGCCCAUAUCCACAGGAGGGAUCAACAUUUACGCUCGGCUCUGCCACCUUUACCGGCUAUGAAGCACGGGAAUCAUCUGACAGUUUGGACCGCUCGGUAUCCGGAAUGUGUUGUUGGGGCUUCAGUGGCGCGCAGAUACUUUCUGCUGUUCUGAUGGGAGCCUAUCGCCUCCCAGAAACGACCAAUAUAACUUACCGCUUUGCGAGCAGCGGCUCGCCACACUCGGCUGUCACUAUGGUCGUCAAACCAUGGGAGGAGAAUGCUGGUGCUAAUAGCUCUAAUGGCUACUCUGUAGUCGAUGGAGCCUAUGUUGCCCUUGAAGCCCUUGUGUCAGCUUGCAAAUCAGAGCUCCCACUCCAGGUUCGGAAACAUAUGAGCAAUGUCACUUUUUCUGCCUCAAAUCCCAAUCAAGAUACAAUAUGUUUCCCCUGCCCCUUGAAAGAGCAAGAAUCAGGCUCGGCACUCAAAGCUUUAGAGGGAUGUGCUGCAGCAGCCAUCAUCGAUCUACGGCAUGGGCAGCAGCCAAGGGAUGUCAAAGUAGAUGUAGGGAGAGUGACCGGUUUCUUGAUGUCUGCGUACCUGACCACCCUGGAUGGCAUGGGCAAAGACACCGACCUCAACCAAGCCCAAUCCGACCUCUACAGACGCCUGUCGGCCAAUCUUUACGAAACACGCAUUCCUGGUGAAUACUAUCAUAUCCAUGGCUCCCUGGAGGCGAGCACCACCCUCCGAAUGUUGGGGUUGCCCCCCUUUUUUCCUGAAUUGACGGAGUACCGGCAAUGUAUCGACACUAUUGAAAGCGCGGUCAGGAAGUUGACGGUUACUGAGCUGGAAGUGCGAAACAACAGGUUUCGGCAAUCAGGUGUACCAGCACUGACAAGGAGCCAAUUCUUGCAAACACCUCACGGCCAGGCCCUGUCAAAUAUUCCGCCAUUCACAAUUCAGCCCCUUGGCGAAGCCACACCACCUAUGCCGUUCCAAGACAUUGGAGCUGAACCUGAUGUACGACAGUGCCUAACAGGAAUACGAGUUCUCGAGCUCUGCCGUGUCAUUGCUGGCCCAACGAUAGGUCGUUCCCUUGCGGCCCAUGGCGCCUCGGUUCUGAAGGUCACGUCACCGAAACUGCCGGAUGUGCCUUUCUUCCAACUUGAUGUGAACACAGGCAAACAUACAACUUCGUUGCAUCUCAAGGAUGCGCAGAGUCGAGCUAUUUUUGAGGAUCUCCUGUUGUCAGCAGAUGUCAUUAUUGAUGGAUACCGUCCGGGUGUCCUCGCCUCACUUGGAUACUCUCCUGAGACCCUCGCUGCCGAAGCAGCCACUCGUGGACGCGGAAUUGUUUACGUCGCAGAAGACUGCUUCGGUGGCACUGGCGUUCCUAGUGCUGAAUGGGCUUCCCGUCCCGGUUGGCAGCAGAUUGCGGACUGUGUUACGGGAGUUGCCUGGGAGCAGGGCUGGUUUAUGGGACUCGAGGAACCUGUCGUUCCGCCCUUUCCCAUCUCUGACUACGGCACUGGUGUGUUAGGCACCGUAGCUGCACUUACGGGACUCUACCGUCGGGCCAUCGAGGGCGGCUCCUGGAUCUGCCGCACCAGCCUCACACAGUACGACAUGUUUUUGUUAUCUCUCGGCACCUACCGGUCAGAGAUCCAGGAGCAUCUGUGGGAGAGGCAUGACCGUGCGUUUUUCGACUUGAGACACAGUGAUAGCGUUGACGAAGUUGGCAGUCGGGCUCUGCGGAGCAUGAAGAGAUUACACCCUUGGCUCUUUGCCGACGAGAUGAUGCAUCGUGCUUCCAGUGAGGGAUUUGGAGGUAUUGUGAGCUGGCCGAAGGAACCUUUGAGCGUUGAUGGCAUGGACAUUGGAUACGCAAGGGCAACUCGUCCAAACGGAUUCGACCUCCCAACGUGGGAAGGAUGGGAGAGAGACGAGACUAUGUUAUGUUGA